AUUCCCAACCUGGGCCUCAUCCACCACCAGCCUCUCCCGGGAUCAUAGGCCUUUCUAGCCCCAGCUUCUUCUCUGGGCCCUGUCUGCAUCUGUAUCCCUUUCCUGAACCUCAGGCCUUCUUUAGGGACCUGGGCCUUCUUGCUCCUAUAUUUUAGCUCCUCGGCAAACAGGCCUCCAGCUCCUGCCCUCCCUCUCAGGUCUUUCUUGGCCUGGCUAGGCCUUCUAGGCUGUUCCACCCUUUAACCUACUGCCCACUGCACUUAUGGAGAACCCAGGACUGGUGGUACGUGGGCAGGCUGCACCCUUUUCCACAGCACUUCGAAGCCUCGUCAACAACCCCCAGUACAGUGAUAUUUGCUUUGUGGUUGGUCAAGAACGGCAAGAGGUAUUUGCCCACCGGUGUUUGUUGGCCUGUAGAUGUAACUUCUUCCAGAGACUUUUGGGCCCUGGGGUACCUAGUCCUGUGGUGCUAAGCACUGUGCCUGCCGAAGCCUUCUUAGCUGUGCUGGAGUUCCUGUACACCAACAGUGUCAAGCUGCACCAACACUCUGUGCUGGAGGUGCUGACAACAGCUGUGGAAUAUGGGCUAGAGGAACUUCGAGAGCUCUGCCUGGAGUUUGUGGUGAAGGUGUUGGAUGUGGAGCUGGUCUGUGAGGCUCUGCAGGUUGCUGUAACCUUUGGCCUGGGGUCACUACAGGAGCGGUGCAUAGCCUUCAUAGAGGCUCACAGUCAGGAGGCGCUCCGCACCCGUGGCUUUCUGGAGCUGUCCGCCACCGCGCUGCUGCCCGUGCUACGCAGUGACAAGCUCUGCGUGGAUGAGACUGAGCUGGUCCAGGCAGCCCGAAACUGGGCACGCGUGGGCGCCGCGGUAUUAGAGCAACCCGUGGCCGAGGUGGCAGCUCCAGUGGUCCGAGAGCUGAGACUGGCUUUGCUUGCCCCGGCGGAGCUAAGCGCCCUGGAAGAGCAGAACCGACGGGAACCGCUCAUCCCGGUUGAACAAAUUGUGGAGGCAUGGAAGUGUCACGCCCUACGGAGAGGAGAUGCAGCCCGGAGCGCGCCGUGCCGCCGGCGGAGGGGCACCCGGCCCCGGGAUCAUCAUCGCUUUCUGGACCUUCGUUUCAAAUGACCCAUUUCCGGACCUUUCCAGGAAGUUGACUACAUCCCAAACUACAGCUCCCGAGGUGCUCUGCGUUGGAGGUGGGCUUCCGCUCCCAGCAAGCUCAGCCGCCGGAUACAGGAAGGACCGCUCUGCGUCUAGAGUGAAACCUAAGCCUCUGUGGAAGAGUAGGGCUUGCGCAAUGGGCCCAAAAUUGUGGCUUGGAUGAUGUCCUGAGACCGGAAACGAGGGUGGCCUUUGUUGCAUGAGCUCAUGCGGCAUUCUGCAAGUCGGUCAUUCCUCUACGCCCCUCUACUCAGAUGACGCGAUCUCUAUGUAGCUCAUCCUCUUUAACAAAUCAGCUUCAGGCUCAGCGCAAAUUCGAGCUUCUCACCUUCUUUCCCAGCCCCGGAAAUAGUGUUUCUCUUUUGUGUGGAUCUGGAACCCGGACCUCAUUCUUGCCUACCUCAUGCCUUUUCUCCCUUCUAAGGUCUCUUCUGCCAUUACCCUAGUCAGUGCCCCUCACUCCUUUCUCAGUCAGGGGACAGUAUCCAUCCCUAUGAUGGUCCCAUCGCUUUGAUUGUCAAGCUUUUCCUCCUGAGCCCUUUAACGUCCAUACUGCUUUCCAGGACAGCCUACAAAAUUUCCUUGAGAUUUAGCAAUCCUAAACUCUGCGUUUGGGAGUUCCAGAAUUAUUGGGGGGUGGGAUGGGGUGUGGACAAUCACUGUAACCCCAGCUGGCCUAGAGCUAUUUAGGACAGGCUAGCGUUGAGCUCACAGCACUCCGACUGCCUCUGCCUCCCUGGUACAGAGAUUAAAGGCAUGUACUAUCGCUCUUCGAGAAAAACA